UCCGUAUUUGUUCAGUUCUUUCCACACUCAUUUGUGAGGCUGCAGAUGCAUAAAUGGUGAGAGAGUGCAAUCAUCACGCGUCUGGAGACAAUGCAACUAUUGAGAAGCAUAGCUGGUCAAUUAUUUAUUGUCUUCUUUAUCCAUUCCUUUCAUAAUGUCAAAAUCCAAGCCCUUCCUCAGUCUGUAUUGACGGCGAGCGCGUCAACCAUCGGAGAGGAAGAGUCCGUUACACUUCAGUGUUCGGCAAGGGCAGGGGAUCCUCCUAAAAAAUGUUGGUUUUACCUGAUUAGUCCAAACGGCGAAAAGAACCUUGCCUUCGAAUGCCAGGCGACAUUUACAGGCUCUGUGCUCCUGGCAGAGAACUUUGCUCUCGCUGAGGUGAAGGUUCGGUGUUAUUACACCAACGAUCGGGGUGAGCCUGCUCCACACAGCGACAUCGUGUCUAUCACUGUAGCAAGAGCCCUUCCUCAGUCUCUAUUAACGGCGAGCGCGUCUUCCAUCAGAGAGGAAGAGUCGGUAACACUUCAGUGUUCGGCAAAGGCAGGGCACCCUCCUAGAAAAUGUUUGAUUUUCCUGAUAAGACCCACUCAGGGCCAAAAAAACAUCGCCUUUGAAUGCCAGGAGACAUUUACAGGCUCUGACCUCCUGAGAGAGAACUGGUCUCUCGCUGAGGUGAAGGUUGGGUGUUUUUACACCAACGAUCGGUGGAAACCUCCGACUGCUCCACACAGCGACAUCUUGUCAAUCACUGUAAGAAGAGCCCUUCCUCAGUCUGUAUUGACGGCGAGCGCGUCAUCCAUCAGAGAGGAAGAGUCGGUAACACUUCAGUGUUCGGCAAAGGAAGGAGACACUCCUAAAAAAUGUUAUAUUUACUGGUUUAUUCAAGCGAACGAGCAAAACAAAAUCGCCUUAGACUGCCAGGCAACAUAUACAGGCUCUGACCUCUUGACACGUACCGGGGCUCUUGCUGAGGUGAAGCUUCGGUGUUUUUACACCAACGAUCGGGAUGAACCUGCUCCACACAGCGACAUCGUGUCUAUCACUGUAAGAAGAGUUGUUACUGGCAGUCCUACAUCAGUCAGUCAGAUUAGUCCUACGCCAGCCAGGCCUACGUCAAACAGACCUACGCCAGCCAGACCUACGCCAGCCAGUCCUACGCCAGCCAGUCCUACGCCAGCCCGUCCUACGCCAGCCCGUCCUACAUCAGCCAGUCCUCAAUUAGCCAGUCCUAUAACAGCCUGUACUACCACUGCGGCCACAACCGUGGAGAAUCCCAACUCAGUUGUCCCAGGCAGUCCUACGUCAACCAGCACUACCACUGCUGCCACAACCAUGGUGAAUUCCAACUCCAGUGCCCCAUAUACCCCUCCUGGUGAGCCCAUUUCAGGUCCCUCUGGUCCUCCUAUAAACCCAAGGUCCAAUGAAGAAGGAACAGGGAGAAUAUUUUUAAAGGCUGCAAUCAUACUAAUAGUAUGUUGUGGAGUGAUUGUGUUUCUGAUCGUUCUGCUGUUUGCUGUUUUGCAAACUUGGAGGAGGAGAAAGAAAAACACAAUGGAAAUGAAGAGUCUCAAUACUGGAUCGUCAAAAGUGGUUAAUCGCUCCGGCAGCGGCAUCAAAAAGGAUGGUGACUACCACAUGUACAGCACUAUCUCUAAUGAGCCCAGCGCACCCAACCAGACGUUGGUGUAUGACCUUCUGCAGGCCAAUUGACCUCAUGUUCCUGCAGGUCCACGCCACUGGGAUAACAAACCCUGUUUUGCCUGGUUCGUUUUUUUGUGCCCUGCUUCAAAACAAUUUGAAUGCCACAUUAUAGAAAUGUAUGGCAAUGACUUUGCAACUAGGAAGAUCUAUGUAUGUGCGGAUAAACAAAGGCUUACAAACCAAAAACGAUGGUUGAAUGGUGAAAAAUAUGUCUGUGUUUAUUCAGUUCUUUUUUGUGUCAACAUGAUGAAUAUGGCUUCUUUAUUAUGGCCAAUGUAACAUUCUUAUAAAUUGUAUUUAGUUGACAUUCAUAUUUAGCUUGAAUUAUAUGUCUUUGCAUUUACAGAGAGGGAACGUGAAGAAAAAUAACAUUACUUUGUUUUAGCAGCAAUCUUUGAAAUAUUUUCAAGAAUUGAGUGUUGCCAUAUGUAUUUUGUAUUUUGAUAUAUUUACCAAAGGUAUCAUGUGGAAUCUGCCUGCAUUCAUACAUCAAAUACUUUUAAUCACAAUAAACCAGAGAAGCAUGUAUGGACA